AUGGCUGCAAUCACCAGCAUCGAAGUCGAGGGCUUGAAGAAGAUCGCCAGCGGCAAGGUUCGCGAGAUCUUUGAAAUCGACGAGAACACUCUGCUCUUCGUGGCGACUGACCGGAUCUCAGCCUACGAUGUCAUCUUGCAGAACGGCGUCCCCGWCAAGGGCGCAUUACUCACUCAGCUCUCUGGACACUGGUUCGAUCUGAUUAACAAGCACCUGCCAUCCCUCAAGACACAUAUCGUGUCCACCACUCUCCCCGCUGGCCUGCCCCAGAGUCUUGAUCGUCGGAGCAUGCAGGUCCGCCGAGUGCCUGUAGUCCCACUCGAGUCAAUCGUGCGCGGCUACAUCACUGGGUCUGCAUGGGCCGAAUAUAAGAAGUCUGGCACUGUUCACGGCAUGCCGAUGCCCGCCGGGCYCAAGGAGAGCCAGAAGCUGGAGGAGCCGAUUUGGACUCCAAGCACCAAGGCCGAGCAAGGAGAGCAUGACGAGAACAUCUCGCGCGCAAAGGCAGUCGRGAUUGUGGGCGAGGAACUGGCGUCGAAGAUCGAGAAGGCAAGCUUGGAGAUUUACAAGCUGGCUCGAGAUUACGCUGAGAAGCGCGGCAUCAUCAUUGCCGAUACCAAAUUCGAGUUCGGUCUGGAUGCCUCCACGAAGGAGAUCAUGCUGAUCGACGAAGUGCUUACCCCAGACAGCUCGCGCUUCUGGCCACUGGACAAGUACGAGGUUGGCAAAGGCCAAGAAUCGUACGACAAGCAGUAUUUGCGCGACUGGCUGACCAGCUCCGGUCUCAAGGGUAAGGACGGGGUUGCGAUGCCGGCAGAAGUUGWCCAGGGGACAGCGAGCAAGUAUCGCGAGGCAUACGAGAAGUUGACGGGCAAGGCGUGGCAGUGA